AUGAAGACACAACCAUCACCGGACCACCGGAUCCUCUUUUUUCUCCCCAUUGCAUUGGCUUCUCUUUUGAUACUCGGGUCAUUACGAGUCGUCCUCGAUUUGAGGAAUGGUCAGAACUAUUUCUUGUGGCAACUGCGUUCAUCCGAGAGGUUUGUGAGGCCGCCCAUUCGGGUUUCUGACGAUGAAGUGAUUGAAGAUGGUUGCAAUGUGUUUGAUGGAAAAUGGCUCUCCAUGAAGACACAACCAUCACCGGACCGCCGGAUCCUCUUUUUUCUCCCCAUUGCAUUGGCUUCUCUUUUGAUACUCGGGUCAUUACGAGUCGUCCUCGAUUUGAGGAAUGGUCAGAACUAUUUUUUGUGGCAACUGCGUUCAUCCGAGAGGUUUGUGAGGCCGCCCAUUCGGGUUUCUGACGAUGAAGUGAUUGAAGAUGGUUGCAAUGUGUUUGAUGGAAAAUGGGUAUGGGACAAUUUAUCAUACCCACUUUAUGCAGAAGAUAGCUGUCCCUUCUUGGUGAAGCAGUUUUUGGAGAUGUUGAGGGAUAAAAGGCUAAUGUUCGUGGGAGACUCAAUUCAGAGAGGAAUGUUUGAAUCAAUGGUUUGUUUGGUACAAUCUGUGAUUCCUGAUGGAAAGAAAUCUCUACAAAGAAUCCCUCCAAGGAAGAUUUUCAUAGCUGAGGAGUACAAUGCAUCGAUUGAGUAUUAUUGGGCUCCUUUCCUUAUUGAGUCUAUUUCAGACCAUGCAACAAAUCAUACAGUUCAUAAACGGCUGGUGAAGCUUGACUCCAUUGCCAAACACAGCGAACAGUGGAAAGGAGUCGAUAUUCUGGUAUUUGAGAGCUAUGUUUGGUGGAUGUACAAACCUUCAAUCAAUGCUACAUAUGGAUCUCUUCAGGAUAUUCAAGAAUAUAAUGUAACUACAGCAUAUAGAUUAGCAUUAGAAACUUGGGCAAAAUGGAUAGAAUCCAGCAUCAACUCUCAAGACCAAAAGGUCUUCUUCAUGACCAUGUCUCCAACACAUUUAUGGAACUGGGAGUGGAAGGCUGGAACAGAUGGAAACUGUUUCAAUGAGACACACCCCAUUCAAGGGCCAUACUGGGGAACUGGUUCAAGCCUGGAUAUCAUGGGAAUAGUGGAAGAUGUGUUAGGAAAACUGAAGAAAAAAGUAAGAUUACUGAACAUCACCCAGUUGUCGGAAUUCCGAAAAGACGGUCAUACAUCGGUGUAUGGUGAAAGGAAAGGCAAGCUCUUGACCAGAGAACAGAGAUCAGAUCCAAAAACUUACGCUGAUUGCAUUCAUUGGUGUUUACCAGGAGUUCCUGAUACAUGGAAUGAGAUUUUGUAUGCACAUCUGUUACAGGAUUAUCGACAACGGAAACAAACUUAG